AUUGCGCGGCUCGUCGAGUACAACGUACCCAAGGGGAAGCUCAACCGCGGCCUGACUGUCGUCGAGGCGAUGGAGGCCAUCAAAGGUCACGCGGCGCCAGAGCAGCAGUGGCGUGCCGCCGCCCUCGGCUGGUGCAUCGAGUGGUUGCAGGCCUACUUUUUGGUCGCGGACGACAUUAUGGACGCGUCCGAGACGCGGCGCGGCCAGGUCUGCUGGUACAAGGUGGAGGACAUUGGCAUGAACGCGAUCAACGACGGCACCGACCCAGACAAAAUUCGGCCCUUUCCCCCCGGACGCGCCGCAGGCGCCCGCAUCCUGCUCGAGAUGCACAUCUACUCGAUCCUGCGGCGCCACUUCCGCGAGGACCCGCUGUACGUGCCUCUGAUGGAGCUCUUCCACGAGGUGACGCUGCAGACUGCGGUCGGUCAGCUCCUCGACCUCACCACCGCAGACCCGGACAAGGCGCGAGAUCGGAUGCGGCCAGAGCCGGCACCCUCCGCGCAGGUCGACUUUUCGCGCUUCUGCAUGGCAACCUACACCAACAUCGUCGUCUACAAGACUGCAUUCUACACCUUCUACCUGCCGAUCGCUUGCGCCAUGCUCCUCUCGGGCUACCGUGACCCCGCCCUAUUCGCAAAGGCGCGCGAGAUUUGCGUGCUCAUGGGCGAGUACUUCCAGGUGCAAGAUGACUACCUCGAUUGCUACGGCGACCCGGCAAAGAUUGGCAAGGUGGGCACCGACAUCCGCGACAACAAGUGCUCAUGGCUGAUCAACACGUGCCUUGCGGUGGCGACGCCGGCGCAGAAGAAGGACCUCGAGGCCAACUAUGCGCGCAACGACGCUCGUUGCGAGGCCAAGGUGCGCCAAAUCUUUAGCGAGUGCGGCGUGAAGGAGGCCUUCCAUGAGUACGAGGAGGCAACAGCGGCGCAGCUGCGUGCCCUCAUCGCCGAGGUGCAGGGCAUGCCCCCAACUAUCUUCUCGACCCUCCUCUCACGCAUCUACAAGCGACAGAAGUAAGAGGGAACGGGCGUUCUGUUGGGCGUCUGGACGCCCCCCCCCCGCACCAACCCGGCGCUACUGACGCGUCCCCGGUGUUCUCUGACUGUUUCUCGGCACGGGCCACGCCCACGGCCAUGGCCCGCGGGUCCGGUUUUGGCCGGGAGCGGUAUGGGGCGCGGCCCUGCGGGCGGAGACCGGAGAUUCGGCGAGGGGGCGGGGGACUUUAGACCUGUCCAGUCCAAAUAUAAAUAUCCGCGCCGGCGGCGCAAACGCUC